UUUUCGUGUCAGUAGACAGAUUUAACCCUCUCCUCAGAUGCACACUGCUGUCUCUUUUUCUCUUUCUUUUUCUUUGACUUCUCCUGCUCUCACUCCUUCAGUUCUUUAUGUGUUCAUUCUUUGCAGCUUUUUUCCCUCUUUAUGGCACUAGAAACUCUCCUGUAGAAGAAUUUAUGUAACCUCAACAGGACAGAGACCUUAAACACACACAAACGCUGAGGAAGCCACAACAGAAACACGUCCAACAACAAAGUUUUGAACAGCGGGACCAACUUCAAAAGUCUGAGGAUUACUGGGAGAGUAGAAGGAGCGUCAGGUUGAAAGAGCGGGACCAUGCCGGACUGUCAGAUCCGGAUUGGGUUUGUGCCGGUUGUGCUGGUCUAUUUCUUUCUGCUGUUGGCAUCUGGUUCAGGGAAUGCACGCAUGAUCAGGAAGAGGGGACUCAACCAAAAGGACUACGAGUACCCCAACCAUCCCCAGACCACUCAGCACCAGAAGAAUGACCGCUGUCCUCCGCCACCCCAGAUGCUGCCCGAGCGGGCAUGUGAGGUGUCGGGUUGCCGCUCUGAUUCUGAGUGUGAGAGACACAAACGGUGCUGUUACAACGGCUGCAUCUACGCCUGCCUGGAGUCAGUACAACCUCCACCCGUGCUGGACUGGUUGGUGCAGCCCAAGCCGCGGUGGUUAGGAGGGAACGGCUGGCUGUUAGAUGGACCAGAGGAGGUUCUGCAGGCUGAGGCCUGCAGCACCACCGAGGAUGGAGAUGAGCCUUUACUCUGUCCAACUGGUUACGAGUGCCACAUCAUCAACCCAGGAAACCCCUCUGCUGGGAUCCCAAACCGAGGCCAGUGCAUUAAACAGCGUGGAAACUCAGAUGGACGUAGCCUGAGACACAAGUCUUCCAAAGAUUAUUUUUCCAAGGAUUUUUUAGGAAGUAACCCCAACAAUGCAGUGAGCUAUGAGAAACAACAGCACAAGCACUUGGGCUAAGACAGGUGACUGAAUGUGGGUUCCAUUUUAGAGGACUGUAGUAACCAGUAACCACUGACCCUUAUUCCUGAACCCCACCCUUCAAAUCCAUCGUAACUGGACAAGCCUUUCUCUUUAGCUUAAACCAGAGAUCGGCUCAUAUCUGGUGCUAUUUAUCUUGGGUGCUUAAUGUGGAGACAGAAAUGGAAAGCUAAAAUUUCCUACCUCUUACAAAAGCCAAAAAACAGACCACAGAAAGUAUCAAAGAGCUCAUACAAUACUAUCUAAUGUCUUAUAUGCAUACUUUGGGUAAAAAGCACAUUUCCUCAGAAUUAACUGUAUUUGAGAGUUUUAAGAAUGAUACUUUGUGUGUUUUUUAUGCUGCUGAGUCUGAACUCUUGUUUGGUUUUUUCUUUCAAUUGAUACACCAAAAACAGCUGGUUAAUAUGUUCUCAGUUACUAUAAACUCUUAGGGGGAAAAAAUUCAAUAGGUUGACUCAAUUUUAAAGAACAUGUGAAGAAGGUGCUAUAAAUAGAAAAAAAUUACCAAAUGAUUGCCUAAUACUUUCAUGUUUACAGGUUAUUUCAGUUUUUUUUUUUUGUAGUAAUAUAGUAUAUUUACGAGCUGUUUAAUUAAUAAUUAAUUAAUAUAAUUAUAAUCAUAUAAUUAAUUAAAUAAUUAAAACCAAAUUAAUUAAUUAAAACUAAAACCAUAAAAUGAUCCCAUAAUAGGAACCCCUUAUGGAUUCUAUAUGAAGUGCCUGACAGAACCUUUUAAGGUUCUAUAUAGAAUCAUUUCUUCUAAUAGUGAUGUGGAUUUAAUGGUACAAAAAUACUCCACAAAGAUCAUACCACACAAUUAUUUUAAAAAAAUAUAUAUGUUUCUUCUUUUACGUUUUUUUUUCUUCUUCAAAAAAUCAUGUUUAGGUGAUUGCCUCAACAGCUCACCAUAACCAACAGUUAAAUUCCAGCUUUGCUCCAUCACUGCAAAAUAUUUGUUUUUCAUGUGGUGCUUGAACUGUGGUUGUUGUUUACUGAGCCUGUGACUGAUUGUGCAGAUCUGUGUUUUCUCCACUACUCUCUGAUAAGCUAUACAAGUCUGACAAGUGGGACAAACCACAAUACAGCCUUUAAUAAAUCAAAACAUUUGAAACUGGUGCUGCAUAUUACUGCUUUGUUAUUCCAAAUAAAACAGUU